GGACAUCGGAGUGUCGGACAUCGUCGCCUCGUCUGGUGUGCGACUGUGCAAUAUAGCAAUAUAUUCUAUUAUUUUAGUUAUAGGUAUUACCACAGAGGCGAGAACCGACAAAGUGUAUUGACGAGUUGCUCAACACGGUCGUAGGUAUACGCAAGGCUUGUUGUAGUUGUUGUACGCCGAUCGAUCGACUAUGGACAAAAAAAGAAAAUUCUUUAGAAAAGGCGAUACGAUUCUAACUGAUAAACCGUUCGUUCACGCACUAAAGUCGACGUUCAAAAAUGAAAAAUGUGAUUAUUGCUAUUCCGAGGAUACUCUAUCUAGAUGUUCAGGGUGUCAAUACAUCCUUUACUGUAACCGCACAUGCCAGAAGCUGUCCUGGACUGAGCAUAAACGAGAAUGUGCUAGAAUGAAAAAGAUUUAUCCUAAAAUACUGCCAGAUGCUGCACGGAUUAUGUCGAAAAUACUUAUCAAGCUUAAGAGUGGAGGAAGUACAGAAAAAGGUUAUUACACAUCUAAUCGUUACAGAACAUUCAAGGAUCUUAUGUCACAUUAUCCUAGUUUAAAAGAUGAUACCCAUCGAUUAGAACAUUUCUCUACACUAUAUGAAGUGUUAAAAGAGUACAUGGGUGAAGCAAAUCUUCCUAAUGCUGUUGAAUUACUUGGAAUUUAUGGUCGGAUGUGCAUUAAUGCAUUCAAUAUAUUGGACGAUAAUUUGAACACUAUCGGAACUGGAAUAUAUUUAGCGGCUUCCGUGAUAAAUCAUUCAUGUGUACCUAACGCAACUGCAACAUUUGAUGGUACUACAUUAAGAAUUGGUGCUAUAACGGAUAUCGAACAUACUGAUCCAGAAUUGCAUGUAUUUAUAUCAUAUUUGGAACUUAUGCAAACUACUUCAGAAAGACGAAGUGAAUUACAAAACAAUUAUUACUUUUUAUGCGAAUGCAAACGUUGUAUAACAAAUUAUGAGCAAAAUUUUGUCAACUCAAUGAUUUGUGGAAAUUCUGAUUGUCAGGCUGCAGUUCCUAUGAAAAACAAUCAUAAAGAGAUUUUGGAUUCAAUUAGUUGUUCAAAGUGUUUGGAAAAAAUCAGUGAAGAUAAAAUUAAAACCUUUUAUGAUGUAACUGAUUUCACUGAAUUUCAAUUAAAUAGAAUGAAAGAUAUUGGUUAUCUUGAUGUUUGUAAAAUGUGUCUAGAAAAACAAAAUGGUAUUUUUCAUCCAAACAACAUUAACCAUGUUAAGAUAUUAGAUUUAGCUUUUGAAAGUGCCAUAAAAAUGGAACAAUGGAAAGAAAGUUUGAAGUAUGGAAUUCUUUUGAUCGAUGGAUAUAGGGUUUAUUAUGGUGAAUGUCAUCCAUCUUUGGGUAUUCUAUACAUGAAAUUAUUUAAAUUAUGUUCCAUUGUUGAAAAUGCUGAAUCAGCUGUGAAGUACUUGAAAAAAGGAAUGUCCAUCUUAAAAGUCACACAUGGAGAAGAUCAUAGCUUAUAUAAAAAUGAAGUUGUUCCAUAUUAUAAAGAAUUAAUUCAGUAUUUUUAAUUAAAAUUAAAUUUUUAAUUCUUCAAAGUUACUAGCGCCUAGCGAUUCGUGUGUUUUUUAAGAUUUUAAAUAUUUAUUUUACGUUAACGCGUGUUGUCAUUAUUGUUAUCAUUAUUGCUUACUUUGUAACCAAAAUAUACUCGUACCCUGUUUCUAGUCAAAAUUAAUUUGAUAAUUUUUUUACUUUCAUUCAUGCUUUCAUUACACCAUUUUAGAUAAUGGUACGCACAAUUGACAAAUAGUGUAAAAUGACUAAAGUUACGCUUUCUGGCUUCUGCAUCUAAUUUAUAAUUGUAAUUAUUAGUCAGUAUUCUAAGUACUGUUCAUGUUAUUAAAAUGUAAAUUAAUCUUCUUCUUGUCUUGUAUUAUAAAACGUUUAAGUUGCGGCCUGUUGUCAAACCUAACCUGGCAAAAAAUUGUGAAUUACAAUAUCUUUAGAUUUAGAUUUUUUUAGCCCCGACUGGUUAUCCGUACUGCUGUCUCGUUGUCAAAACCAUAACUAUUAUUAUUUAUUUUUUUAUAAUAUUGUUAUAGAAUAUAUUAUUAUUAUUUCGUUAUGUUUAUUAUAUAAUAUACUAUUAUUAUUA